AUGACAGACCAGCAACACGGCUUCUCCGGCGCUCCGGAUCAGGUACUCAGCCGAGCACACAUGGUUGCGCUCAAUACCUCGCUGUUCAUCGUGCAGGCAAGAACUCGUGUUCACCACCGGUCGGACGCUCCGACCCCGCGACCUCCAUCGCUCAAAGAGCAGAUCCGUCGCACGCCGCCUCCGCCGCCGGACAUCACUCGUCUCUGUCAUCGUUCUCAACUCGCAAACUGA